AUGCCAAUUCGCAAGUAUAAUGUAUUUAAAGUAGUUAAUGAGAAGAAUCAGUGUUUAUAGGAUCAAUUUUUAGAGAAGAAGCAAAAUUGUUCGAACUUGACUGAAUUAGAAAAAGGAGUAUUAUCAUUCAUGAUGAUGAAUUGCCAUUAUCAGAGAUCUGGGAGAAAGACUGUUGAUUGCAAUUACGAGUUGAAUGAUUUACAAUCUUGCACAAGAUAAUUGGAUUCAAACUAUUGGAAUAUAUUUACUUAAUUUUAUAUUCUAAUAUAACAUUUCUGUUAAAUUCAAAUACUGCGUUAUUUAUAAAGUAAUGUAGAGUCCAAAUUAUCCUUAAUUACAAUAGAAUAGCAAUUCUUAAAUACAAAUUUGAAAUAACAGUCAUAAAUAUUUUCUGAAAUCCUUGGCACUCAAAAGGAAAUUUAAAACUAGACUUAGGUAUUUCUGUAAUAUGUUGCUUCAUAAUAUUUGAAUUUCAAUAAUUAAAGAGAGAAUGAGGAAUAGAACCAAAAGGUUAUGAUUGAGUACAUCAAUGAAAUCAAUUCAUAAGUUCUCAAAUAUCAUAAUGAGAUAGAGCAUUCUUUUUAAGAAUUAAGUUCGAUUUAUCAAAUAGCAAAAUAUUAUAUUGAUUUGAUAUACGUUUAAGGAGUUAAGAUGAAUCAAAUCUUUUUCUACAUUGGAGAUUUGCUUUUGAUGUGGCUAUUUACUUCCAAUAAACAAUUUAUCGAUUAAAGAUUUAACAACUUUUUGCUGAUUUUAAUUUGUUUUGCUUUGGAGAAUUACUUCGAAAGUUCGAACUACAUCAAAUCGUUUUUGGUUGUGAAUCAACUGUUGCUGAUACUUUACGGUUUUAUUUUUUAUAAGGAUUACGAAUAAUUGACCUAUAAUAAAUUGAUGUCAAUAUAAAAGAGGAUCAAUUACUUUGAUUUAUCAAAUUUUAAAUAGAGAGCGAAACAAAUCUUAAUGAAUACUGUAUCAAAAAACAGAAAUGAGUGA